AUGAGAGUUCCGUGGCUUGCGCUGCUUUUCGCAGCGGGUCUGGAGCCUGUCUUUGGUGUCGUGGAUGUGAGACAGGCCGUGAGCAGCGCCUCGGAGAGCCUCCUCUCCUCUGCCACUACUUCUUCCGUCUUCUCCGCUCCGACUUCCAUCCCGGCGCCGACUAUAAAUAGUAGCGUAUACGACCUUUCGCAGCAUUAUUGCCGAAUUUGGAGGCAUGCUAGUGUGUUGGCCGAUGGGAAGAUUUACAUAGAUGGCGGCAACACGUACGUGCCGAAGAGCGGAACGACGUUUUACAACACAGAACCCGGGGCUUAUGAUGCGGGAAUGCAUAACCAGCUCUUGGUCCUGGACCUCUCGGAAAACUUUACCAACCAGCAAACCGGUCCGUAUACGUCCAUCUUCAAGAGUCCCGACGUCCCCAACGGUCUCAUCGAACACGCGCUGUGGUACUCCAAAGCCACCCGCAAGGUCUAUCAGCUCGGCGGGUGGUUCUCUUUCAACAGCAUCGAAAACCCGGCGUACAUUGCCGAUAAGGACCUUCCGGAACCGGCUAUAUGGGAGUUCGACGUCGACGGCGGGGGGUGGUCCAAGUCGGAUGACUUUAGCGUCUCAAAUAAUGGCGAGAUCGUGGACAGGCCAGGAGCCGCGGCCUUUUGCGACGCGUCCACCUUGAAUAGGAGUUACAUCUUUGAGGGUUACGUGCAGAAAAGAUCCAGUCCUGAGAAUGCCGCGUAUGCAUCUUCAUCCGACUUUCGGUUCCUCGAAGGCAUGCUCGAGCUUGAUACCGCGGAGCGCUCGCAGCCGAAGCUCACCAAUAUAUCCGUCCCGACCUACGUCGGCCCGCGCAUGAAUGGCGCCAUGGUCCACAUCCCCGUCGGUGAAAAGGGCAUCAUCGUCAACAUUGGCGGCCAAACCACGCGCGACCCGACCCCUUACGGUGUCCAAAUCAAGAGUGCCAAUGCAGGAAACGUCAACACAAACCUCUCCUUCGUCGACAUUUACGACAUUGAAACUGGCUUCUGGUUCCGCCAAGAAACGUUUGGCCUCCCCGACAUCCCCACCGGCCGCUCCGACAUCUGCGCCGUCCUCGUCCCCGCCACGGACGCCUCCUCCUGGAACAUUUACAUGAUCGCCGGCGUCGAAAACUACGCAACCUACAUCACAUCAGAGGAGAUCUGGGUCCUCACCCUACCGACCUUUACCUGGAUCCUCGUGCACACCCGCGCCGACGGCAUGUACGGCCACACCUGCCACGCCGCGGGCGAGAACCUCUUAAUCGUCGGCGGCAUGCAGACGAAAAACGACGGCAGCGGCGGCAACGUCAAUACCUGCGCCGAUCACAUGCCCGUCGAGAUCUUUUCGCUCGCGAGCCAGAAUUACACGGGUCGGUUCGAUACCCAGGCUGCCAAGAGGCUCGCGCCCGUGCCGUCGCAGGUUGUCGCUGCUGUGGGCGGGACCGCGUCGGGCGGUGCCAGUCAGAGGGCGCCGAGGGCGUGGAGCGAUGUGUAUUUGCAGUACAUCUUUGACCCCUCGCUCCGGCGGCCGGCGUAUACGCCCGAGUAUACCCUCGUCGUGGAGCCCAGCAGCACCACGACGCCGUCGUCAUCGCCGGCUCCGUCGACGGCUCCAUCGGACUCGGAUGGCCCGUCAAAGGGGGCCAUCGCAGGAGGUGUAGUAGGCGGCGUCGUCGGUGUCAUUGCCCUGCUGGGACUCGGGGCCUUUUUCAUCCUCCGGCGCAGGAAGAAGAGAAGGAGGGCGGACGAGGCGGCGGCCAUACAGGCAUCGCGACAGAGCGCCAUGUCGGAGUUGCCCGGGUACACGCCCUACUCCUCACCCGAACCAAAGCCGGGCCUCCACGACUCUCACUCGCCGACGUCGCCCGGUCACACUCACGCCCACAACGUGCACGCCCACGCUGCGGAGCUCGAGGUCCCGAACAGCGCGAGCGAGAUGCCCAGUAGUCCGCGGUACGGAGGCUCGUCGGUGGAGAUGGGGAGCGACGUCACGGCGAGCCCGAGGGUCCCCGGCGAUGUGAGCCCUACGCUUGGGGAGGAGGGAUACGGGUACCAUGAAGGACGACAGGGGGUCAAUCACUCUGGACGGUGA